GAAAAUGAUUUGAGUAACAAAGCAUGCCUCGUCUUUGGGGUUCCUACAUGGAGGGGCCGGCGCACGCAAGCAUCUCUCUUUUUGUUAUUGUGAGCCGCAGCUGACACUGCCAAUCAGCCCAACCAACUCCUCUUACCUUCUCCUCCAUGGCCGCUGGAUGCCAAUCCAUCACCCUCCUCUUCCUUCUCGCUCUAUUCUCCCUGGCAUUGGGACAUGAGGUGCCGUACCCUCUGGUUGUCAGCACCUGGCCCUUCUUGGAGGCUGUUAGAGCUGCUUGGAGGGCAGUUGAUAGUGGAUCAUCGGCAAUGGAUGCAGUUGUUGCAGGUUGUUCAGCCUGCGAAGAACUUAGAUGUGAUGGUACAGUUGGACCUGGUGGAAGUCCAGAUGAGAAUGGAGAAACUACAAUUGAUGCUAUGGUCAUGAAUGGGGUGACCAUGGAGGUUGGUGCUGUUGCUGCCAUGAGGUAUGUGAAAGAUGGUAUCAGAGCUGCAAAAUUAGUGAUGGAUCAUACCAAACACACUUUGCUUGUUGGAGAGCAGGCCUCUGCCUUUGCCAUUUCCAUGGGUCUUCCCGGACCAACAAACCUCAGUUCACCAGAGUCUAUAGAGAAGUGGAUUAAAUGGAAGGAGAAUCACUGUCAACCUAAUUUUUGGAAGAAUGUUGCUCCUGUAGAUAGCUGUGGCCCUUAUCAUUCAAAGGAAACUCUAAGUUUCAGUGAAGAUAUAUGUUCCAAACCUAUUUUGAUGAGAACUAUUGAAUCAAGAUCAUCUCAUGUUGAUCUUCACAACCAUGACACUAUUUCAAUGGCUGUCAUAGAUAAAAUGGGGCACAUAGCUGUUGGUACAUCAACUAAUGGAGCAACUUUUAAAAUCCCUGGCAGGGUUGGUGAUGGACCCAUUGUAGGAUCUUCGGCAUAUGCUGAUGAUGACGUUGGUGCUUGUGGUGCAACUGGGGAUGGUGAUAUCAUGAUGCGCUUCCUUCCAUGUUAUCAGGUUGUGGAGAGUAUGAGGUUGGGAAUGGAACCCAAGCGUGCUGCUGAUGAUGCAAUACUGCGGAUUGCUAGAAAAUUUCCAGAUUUUGUUGGAGCUAUAUUUGCCAUCAAUAAGAAUGGUGUGCAUGCCGGUGCUUGUCAUGGAUGGACAUUUCAAUACUCAGUCAGACAUUCCAAAAACGAGGAUGUGGAGGUAUUCACUGUGCGCCCCUAAAAUAACUCGGCGCAUUACACAGAUGGACACUUCAAUAACUCAUUGACUCCUUAUUGCUGCUCAUCGUUAAUGCUCUUCUUUCUUGCAGUAUAAUUUUUGUUGAUUUUUACACUGUUCAAUGACCCGAAAUCGUUGUAAUUUUCCACAGUAGAAAACUAUCCAGACUUUUUUGAGAUACUCUCUUGGAUCUCUUCUUGCAUUUAGUCUAUUGUGCGCACAUGUAUCGCAAAUUAAACCUGCUUGAAGUUUUAAUGUUGCCUAUUCUUCUUAAGGCAGUGUUCAA